UUGGCCUAAAACUCAUUUACCGAGUUUUGCUGCCUUGCGCGCUCAAGAGCAACUUUUCCCCGACGCACCUUUCUCCGGAAUAUUAUUCCUUUUCAGGAGCUUGACUUUUUCUCUUUUGACUGGGCGCACUCAUAAUUGGUCCUACGCAGAUUAAACUCCGCUAUGAGGAUACAAUAGGACGUAACGUCAGAUUUCAAGAAUGAAAUUACAUCAAUAGCAUGCCCUAGGAGGAGUACAAGCGUACAGCAAUGGUUGUCUUCAGGGUUUCAGCCCUAUUUAUCUUCACUUCAUUUGCCAUCGCUCUUCUGCUGGACAGGGGAGUCAAUGGCGUUGGAAAUAAUUUUCAGUUUGCUACGUCGAGUCCAUGGUAUCCAUCAGGGCCACUUGUUGCCAAGUCUUCAAAUGAAGAAUCCGACGCUUUAAGAAAAGUAUUGCCUCUAGUAACUUUUGACUGCCGAGGUAAAACUGGAUAUUUUACAGAUUCUAAAUUUAACUGCGAAGUCUUCCACUACUGCAAGCCUGAUGGAAUCCGAAAUACUUUCCACUGUCCUUCAAAUUCCUUAUUUAACCAGUUGUCGUUGGUAUGCGAAGAAAAAACACCUCUCAACACUAAACUGUGUAAAGAGGGUUCAGUUCCUUCAAAAAGCAACAAGCCAACAGAUUCGAAAAAAACUACGGUGUUCAACUCUAAAUAUCAAACGAAACAUCAAACUGAAAACGGACAAAAGCAAAAUACUUCCAAGUCCAUAAUAAUUAAAAAUCCCUUUAGGGACCCAUCAAAUCUCAUGAUGACUCUUGAAGAUCUGUUAAGCUACAUGAAUAGGGCCCAUGAAAGCGAUAACAAAGAGCCAACUUUCAUCUCAACUUUCCAUACACCUGGAAAGGGAUCUAAGCCCACUAAAGCUCUAGUCACUACAAAAAAAGCGCCAGUUACUACAGUUAAGCCUCUGCGGGACACAGAAUUAACUCAGCUGACUACGACAGAUGAUUCAUGGUCCAUUAGAGAGAAUAAUAAUGCAAAUAAAUCCAAGACGACUUCGUCUAAUAGUGAAAAGAAUACUACGCCGACAACUCCAAAGCAAGAGCAUCCAGAUUACAGCGAGGAACUUGAAGAAGUUUCUGCCGAAUACGAUGCGAUUGAAGGGAAGAAAUACAGGAAACAUAAAAGAGUAGGAAGAGUGUUAGAUGUACCAAAUGUACCACUGACAGCCAUAAAGCGUCAUAUACAUUCGCACGUAUCUGUAAGAUCGCCGACAGAAACGCCACUCUCUGAAGAUAUCACAGAUUUAGAAUUAACCCAGUCUGGUUUAAAAAGCAAUUCAUCCAGUUCUCUCAGCCUCUUUUCCACUGAUAGAACCAGAGCAAAAGACUUUCGUAAGAGAAGACGAUUUCAGAACCGUCGCAGAAAAGUGUUAACAACAACAGCAUCGAGUAACUCCACGGAUUAUCCAAUUCUAAAUGAUGGCACGACAACAGUUAGCACAGAUACAGCAAGGCAUGACUUGGAUAACAGAAAAAUCGCUUACAGACGACGAAAAACUAAUCGAACACGUAUCAAUCACUACAAAGAAGAGGAUUUUAAUGGAUGGUACGGUGUUAGUAAACCAGAAAAGAUUGAACCUUAUACUUUACCUCCCUUACCUUUUCCUGAAGAUGAGCAUAUGGAAAUUACGACUGAAACCACGCAGAAAAAGGAAAAAUUGUCCCAAGGUAGCAAAAAGAAGGCAGAAGAUGUAUGGCAUAAAACAACAGAUGCUCCAGUAGACGAUAAGUUGAAAUUUGGAGAUAAAUUAGCCGAGCUUCAUCAACACCAUCAUUACCAACCAAAUGGGAAUACUAAGACAAGCCCAGCUGGCCCGGUUGACUUUUAUGGUGAGAAAGGUGCACCCGAUGCUUCCGAAGAGCUUUUGACAGAAGAAUAUCACGAAAAAAUCAUGGUGCAGCCACCACCUCAACAUGAAAAAUUCUCGCAAACAACCAGAAAAUCGAAGUUUCGGAAUUCCAAAAAAUUUAAAGAUGAAUCAGAUUUACACAUUCUGAAUUCUUCUGAAAGCGAAAAACAACCAACAAUAGAACCCCAGCAUUUGUUUCCACCACCACGAGCAGAACCAAGGGAGCAACAAUCUAUCCAUCACCAUCAAAUGUUAAAUUCGCAUGAAGACGAUAAAGAAACAACUGCGCUGGAAGAAAUUAAAACCACAACUGAAAAUCCUUUCAGAGUUUCACGUCCAUAUUUGGGAAAAUAUCAAACAGAUGUUCGAGAAUUAGCUGAGAUCGAAGAACAAAGAUGGAAAGCAGAAAGUACAUCAAACGGAAAAAUAGCCGUAGGUUCUACUUUUUUGUCACAGACUACACCAGAAACAACCGUUAAACCUCGAUUGCAAGUUCCUCCAACAACAGAAUCGCCAGUGACAAACAGCGUUUACAGAGAGAAAGAGACGUCUAAGCAUACUUUAGCUCAUCAACAUUUAUCAAAAUUGAUGAAUGACUUUUUUGCAAUGUCUGCUCCGCAUUCUCCAAGCAUGAUGCAAAUGACUUCAAAGAAGAACAAAGAUGAACUGUUCAUUCCUGAUUAUAGAAUUCCAGAGGAGGAUAUUUAUGAAGGAUCGGAGUCCGUUGCUGAAGAAGUUGAAGAACUACCGUCUGAACUAUUGGAAGUGGUUGAUUUCAUAACAAGACAGGAUGAAGAUGAAAAGAAAGACUUAAAAGCGCACACAAGUCAUGAAAUUAUUAAAAUAAAUGGACCAAUCACAGAUGAACACUUGGAAAAGAUAUUUUCAGAUGAUAAAUCAAUAGAGAUUGAAAGACGGAAAGUAAAAUCUCGUAAAAAUUCGAUACCAAAAAUUGUAGUCGUACCGCCGGAGGAUAAAGACGAUGUGAAAGAUAUAGCCGAAGUCGCGCAGUUCACUUCUUUAAGACUUGAGCCACUGUUAAAACAAAUGAUGGCAGAACAUAAAUCGAUGUCUGUUCUUCCGCUGAAGCAAGAUUCAACUCGAAACAGACAGCCAGCAGUAUUAACUGCUAAGAAAGUUCCAGUUCGUGUAAUUUAUAGGGAUCAGUUAAGCGAAUCUAGACCACAAGCUACAUUAACGCGUAAACCAAAUGUAAAAUUGGUUCGUUCUCGCUUACCAACGCCAAAUUAUCAGAUAAUUCAUAAUGGGAGAAUAAGACAUCAACAGCAAAUUUAUUCCCCGAAUUCUAAGCCUCAAUCUGCAAUAGUUUUGCAUCCUCCUUCUAUACAUCCUCCACAUCCACCGCCCAUACCAAGGAAGCAUUUUCCCUUUAGAAUCGGCUUUCCUUUCACAACAGGAAUUAGACCUUUCUUACAUAACACAAGGAACAUUCCUCGAAGAAAAAAGAGAUCUAUAACAAGCAGACUUCGCAGACAAAUACGGCAAAAUCAAAACUUCCUUCCAUUUUCUAGUCCAAUAUUUCCAACAUUCAACCCGAAAUUUGCGCCUACCUUUUCUCCUUUCAAAAAUAUUUUCAACCAAAAUCCAAUUCACAGCUCUGGUUCUAACCUUUCUCCAUUUACAUUUCCGGGAUUUGCUCUUCGAAGGCCAUCGAUUGCAAGACCACAAAUUUUUAAGCAGUCUCAUUCUCGCCCACCACCCGUCCGUCAUGUAACACAAGGUGGACAGCAAACUGUUAUUGUGGAAGAAGUGCCAGUACCUGUACAUGUAGAAAUGCCAGCUCCUAAUACGUUUCGUCCAGCUCAUUCUGGAUCACAUCAAUCAAACCUUGUUCACAGGUUACCCAAUCAAUUCAGAACUCCAUCGCCUCCAGCCGUUCAAACCCCACCUCUGUUGCAAGGACCUCAAAGCAGAUAUCCCAUACGUAAUAACUACCGCCCCUUUGGAAUGCCAUCCAAUAUCGGUCCCCCCGCAAUAAACUUCCGACCUUCAUUACCCUUUUCAGCACAACUUCCUCCAACCAUAACAAGUCAAGGUCAAGUUUAUGCUCUUGGUGUUACAACAAAACCUUUUAUGCCAGCUAAACCUCCUCCUGUAAGGCCAAUGGUUCCUGGAAAAAUUCCACCCGGGCCUUUCCAACCAUUCGAUGUACAUGCCAAUGCAUAUCCUAAUUUUCCAUACUUCCAAGGAGCAUUUACAACCCCAAUAUCACACGAACCAGUUGUUGGUCGCUUAAUGUACAGUGGAUAUAAACCGCCAAAAUCUACUGUAGGAACUAAACGUCCGAAAUCAAAUUCGCGACCAGAUAAAGAGCAAAAAGAAGCACCCUCAAGCAGCAGCAGAUCAAAUCGUUCAAGAGCAAAGCAUGUACAAUCCCAAUUUUCAUCUCAAGGCAGACCUGCUAUAGAAGAACAUUCAAAUUACAAAGCUAUGACCGAUAUACAAGGUAGGUCUAAACAGAAGCCAAACAUAGAAGAUUCUUUCAGAGAUCAGUCAUUAAAACCACCAAGGCAAAAUUUAGCUAGCAUGUCUUCAACUUCAUCUGAAGACAUUAUACCCCGAAAGAGAAGGCCAGGUAGAAGGCGCAGACCAAGGCCAUAUUCAACUUCUACUUCACCUACAGCACAUAUUCGAAACAAUAUUUCACCUACACCUCCUCCACCCGAACAGAUUCCACCUCCACCAGCCGAUUACACAAGCGCACCUUACCACCAUGAAAUUUCAAACGCAUUACCUCCAAUUAAAGAAAACAACAAAGUUCCUGAAACAAGUAGUCUAUACCCUCCUGCGGGAUAUUAUGGUAAGGAUCAGCUAGGCCAGUUCUUUGAUUCUUCUUCCAAACCUCAUAAAAAAGAAUCAAAUCAAAAACCUCAUCAACAAAGAGGAUUCGGAGAGAGCACAUCAAGCGCCGAAUCUGAUGAAUCCGUAGUGAGUUUUUCAAGUGAGGAUGGAGAACCUGCUUUUGGAACUAGACUGAGAUCAAAGUCCCGUAGCAGUCAACCAGGUAAGAAACUUAGACAGCCGGAACAGUCUUCCAGCCAAAACACCGAAGUUAGAACGCGACCCUUAAACAAACCAGACGAAAAAAGAAACACAAAUAAAGCCCCUUCAUAUUCAAAAGCAAGUGAAACUGGCAGAUUUCAAGGCCCAAAUCCAAACAGAAAUGAAGGCACUCUUCCAAGGCGCAGACGGCCACCACCACCUAGACCAAGAAAUCGCCCACCAACAAUACCAUCUUCAAAACCAGAAAUGCACCAUUUUAACGAUAACGGAGGAUUUUAUAGUGUACCCAGGGGACUUCAAAAUUUCGUUCCGCCUUCAGAACGACCUCCACCAACUCUUGGGGGCAGCACCGAUAUGUUUGGUAUUCCGCAUCCCCCCAUAGACCAAAGCAUAUAUUCAUUACGCCCUCAAGGUGCCCCUGUUGAUUUCAAUCCUAAUUUCUUCAGUGUUCCACCACAUGUAGAGCAACAACAAAAAUCCCCUUUGCACAACAUGAAUAUCAAAUCAAUGCCUGAAUCGGCUAGGGAAUUCUUUACGGCAGCUCAGGAAGAAUCAUCUAAAGCUAGAGAUGCUAACUCCUCAGAAAAAAAUGAAAGCGAAGAACGCAGUGUUUCAAAGGAAACAAGUGGUGAUAAUAGCCAACAGCGUGAGUCCCCGCCAAGGAAAUUAAGGAAGCCUAAGAGGAAAAACAGAUAUAAUCCAAGAAAUAACGCACCAAAAGACUACAGAGAUGUGACUACAGGUAAACCUCAAACAGAACAUGCGAAAGCAAAAGAAAAUAAUGCUAUAAGGUACAAAGAAAAAGUAACUACAGCCCCAAGUACUACUUAUGAGCCUCAAGUACCUACAUCACCAAAUUCCCAAAAUGAUAUUAAAGAUCCAUCAGUUCUUUUUAAACAACGGCCUCCCUUAUUACCUAAAACAUUACCAGAAAUCUCCAAAUCCCUUUUGAAUGGAAAGCUUGAUAUACAAAAGCUCAAUGCCAGUAUAUCUACUUCUGUUUCAGUAUCUGGGGGAUUUCCACACUCUAAUAAUGCUAGUUCCGAAGAUAAUUCGAAAAGGGUAUUUUCUUCCCAAAAUGGUGGAUUAGCAGUAGUUAGAAAAGGUCCCAAAAGGAAAAGAGUGAGGACAAGACCUACUACCAUUAGUCCUUUUGGAAAUGAUAAUGAGUCUAGUACAAAUGCAAAAUAUGAAAUAGCAGCAAGUGUUUUAGAUAUCAUUAAAGCGACAACAGAAACAGAGAGGCAAGCAUCAGGCUUCUAUUCCAAUAGUUACCAAACGGGAGAAAAUUCAUCACCAUCCAGGGUAUACAAAUCAUGGUCUGAGAAACCAUCUGCAAAUGAACAAGAAAAGAGCAAUAAAGAAAGCAGAUGAAAUUUCUAGCUACUGUUAAAAUGCAAAAGACAAUAACUGCAAAAGAAUUUAAAAAAAAGAGUCCUAUAUUAAAGAUUUUAACUGAAUACAAUACAAAUGCUUAACACUGGCUGUCACAGACAAUGCCAAAUUCAGUUAAUGCUGGCUAAA